GAUUGCACAUUUUUCACAAGAAAGGACAUUCUACGAGUCUUUAAAAGGUUCCAAAGCCUGGCUCCGGACAUUAUCCCCCUUGAUCUGACCAGUGAUGAGAGUUCAUUCGUUAAAAUACCUGUAGAGGUGAUAGAAAAUAUGCCAGAACUCAAGGAGAACCCAUUCCGAAGACGUAUCUGCGAGGUGUUCUCCGAAGAUGGGACGGGCAACAUGUGUUUCGAAGAUUUCCUCGACAUGUUCUCCGUGUUUAGCGAACAAGCAACUCGAGACGUCAAGUCUGUGUACGCUUUCAAGAUUUACGAUUUCGACAAGGAUAAUUAUCUGGGUGAACAGGACCUGGUCAAUACACUGAAGGCUCUGACACUAGAUUCUCUAACGAAAGAGGAAGUGGAAUUUGUAGUAAGGAAAGUUCUCGAGGAGACAGAUCUGGAUGACGAUGGCAUGUUAUCAUAUAUAGAAUUUGAGCAUGUCAUCUCAAGAGCCCCAGAGUUUUUAAACACAUUUCACAUAAGGAUCUGA